CCUGACCUUAUGUCCCACUCCGUAGAAGCGCGUCUCUCUUUAAUUUCAACUAAACUCUCUUCCGCGAAGAAAGCUGUUACCCACUCCACCGUCUCUUUCCAUCAUUUUCUUUUUGCCUUCGAGGCAAAAAAUCGUGACCCGUACUUUAUCGUCUUUUACGUACGUUUUACGAUUAUUUAACGACGCACGGUUUAAAAGUACGAUUCUCUGAUACCAGAAACGUCGGCCGUUAGCUCGGUAGUAGCUGCUCGCGUUACGCGACUCUUGGAUUUCGACGGAUCGCGAGCGACGCCGAUCGAUCUCUCACCGCACGGCGGUAUAGAUCCUCGACGACGAUUGAAACGCGCGGUACGGCUUACUCUCGUACGGAGUACGAGAAAAGAGGAAGAAGCGCGUUCGGAGUGCCGCUUACACACUUCCGAGUCUCACGCUUGAAUGGGACGGCUGCGAGCAUCGCGAGAGGCUCGGCUCAAGGCCGAGUUUUGUUUACCCGCGUUUCGUUCUCUCUCUGGCACGCGCUCGAUGCGAUAUACGAGUACAUCGAUCCGUACGAAAUUCGAUUGUACCGUACUACUUGCAACCGCCGUUUCUCCAGUUCAUCCUGGAAUAAUCGAGAGAACGUCGGACGAUCUCUUCGAAUGGUACGAUCUUCCGCGUUCCACGCGUAAUCUCGUAGAAUCGACGCGACGGGAGAACGUUUUCCUCAACGCGAAGAGAUAACGAAUAAUAAAUUUGAUUAUGCAACGGCCGAUUAAAGUUGCAAGCGUUUGUCGGAGAAGAAAAGGUGUAAGUAAGGUUGGGCGCGAGAAGGAGAAGAAAGGAGAGAGGUAGACACGCUUGUUUCUUACGUAAAUGCGAGGUUUAUCGCGCACCGAGGAAAGAAGAAACGGAGAAAGGAAGAAAGAAGGGGAGAAAGAGGAAAGCUUCGUCGCGGAAACGCCGGCUUCCCUCCUUCCCGGCCGUGGCCUUUCGGCUCGCUUCUCCUUCGAGAACGAAGGGGGAGGAUUCGCGUCGCCUCGGUCGCCUUGUCAUCGACGUUUUAAAGAGAAAGAAAGGACAAGGCGACGACAUUGCAAGGUCGACGGAUGUAGCAAUCUUCGUGAUGCAAUCGACUUCCUUCGCGGUUUUAUUCCACUCGAAAUAAUUCCACUCGAACAAUGAAGACGCGGAUCCUCUCUCGAGUCGAUCCAAGAGCUUGCACAUGUAUUCCUCGAGUACGUACUCCGAGUGUGGAAUCGAACGACGUAGAAGCAUCGCGUUUCUUUUUCUUUCUCUUCCUCGAGAGGCAACGACGAGCUUUCCCUUAUCCCUAAUCUUUUUUGAUUAAGAGAUGCUCCGUUUCGAACCGUUCCGUAAAUAUAAUCGAUCGAGCGACGAUUCGAGUCUCCGAUCGAUCUCCGGACUUGUCGAGAACGCCUGCCGACGUGCCCGAUUUACGAUUCCUCUUUUCGCCGUUCUCCAUUCCUCGGUCGCAUCGAAGAAAGCAAACUCCUCCGAGUUACGUACGAAGUUACGGACGCUUGGUACGCGUUACGACGUCUACUCCCACGACGUGCGUUCUUUGCCAAGAAGGAUUGCAUAAUCGAGGAACGAGACGAGAGUCGAGGAAUGUGACGCGAAAAUCGCGAGCGAGCGAUUCUACUCGCCUCGGUGCAAAAGAGAAGGAAGAGGAGAACAAGAAGCGAGAACAGAGAGAGAAGAAAAAGAAACGAUUCCAAAGAUAAGGCGUACGCUACCGACUUAGACUCGAGCCAAUAAAGAACGAAUAUAAAGAUAAAGCAAAGUACGCGUGCGUCUUACCGCGCAAGUACGUGAGUAAGUAAAGUGUCUCCUGCUUUGGUUUCGCGCGUCGAAAAGGCAAGAGGAAAAAAAGAAAAGGUAUCGGCUCGUUGUUGCCCGUAGCAAUCCGGUUAAUUAAAGAGAAAGUGGAACGAGGGCUCCGAUCGUUCGACGUUCGUCGUUCCGAAGCCGGCGAGCGACGACGAAACGAACGAUCGGCAAGCAGGCAGACCGAUCGCGCGCUCUUCUCUCGACGGCUCUCCAAUUCGCUUUUUCAAGGCCGUCUCCAAGUCUUCGUCGUCGUCGCCAAGUCGAUCUCGAGAGCAAGCGGGCCUCUGUAGAAAACAUUGGCGAUUUCGAUUAAUUGCGACCAAUUGCGCGACGUCUUGCUCCGCGGUAGACACGGAGACGCGACUCCUCUUUUCCGAGAAGAAGCGAACGCGUGGCUUUUCUCUCUCCCUCUCUCGCGAGGAGGCUGCGAGGAGGUCGCGAGCAAGGCCACUCGGGCCGUUGCCCUCCUGAGCUCGAUCUUGCCUCUUGCAUUCGCUCGCUCGCUCGCUCGCUCGCGCCACGAUCCGCAAGAUAUCGUUCAUCGAUAGGAUCAACCCAGACGCAACCGUCGUAUCGCUCCUAUCUGGGUGUACGUAUGCCGUUAUUACUCCCAUACGAAAUGUCGACGAAAGGACAUUACCUACUUGGGAUCAUUUCGUAGCUUUUGUAAUCCGCCGUUCUCGGCGAUGCAACCACCAGUCGAUCGCGCCAAAGAUAGGACCGACUUUCACCCUUGUCGUUCGAUUUUCUCUUAUUUUCGUCGAAUUUUUAUCCUCCGGACCGGAACGGAUAUUAUGUCCUUUAUAGACAUAAGCGAUAGAGUUGGCAUAUUGCGUAACGAUAAGUAUACGCGGCCGGUUUGAAGGUUCGCGUUACGUGGAUUCUUCGUUUUCCGGCCGAACAGUCCGCUCGGAGUGAAAGCUGAAAUUUUCUGGGAACGCUCUCUGGGAAGAGCGGCCGUCCACGUCCAAGUGGAGGUACUCGCCAGAAAGAAAGGCAAAUCUAUCGAUAUCGAAAGAAUUCGAAUUCGAAUUCGAAAAGGAGAUCGUACCGAACGUUCGAGAAGCUGGAUCUUAUCCCUUUAGCGUUUCUCUCUAACGCCGAAUUGUGCAAUCGGCGUACGCGUUUACCGUCUCUACAUAAAAUCUUAUGUAACCGUCGUCCCAAUGGCGAAGAAGAAGCACAAGGAGAAAAAAGAAAAUGCAGCAACCGCGAGGACUUUCGUCGAAUCGCUUGCGAAAUUGCGAUUCGAUUCGAGUUCUAGCCAGUUCCUAUCCUUUCUUUUUUUCCUUUUUCCUCUUUGAAAAAUCCUACGGUAGACGGUGUCUACGCCGAUAUUUCCAUCGCGUUAUUUUUCGACGUACGAACGUGACCGUCGCGAAAAGAACGCUCGACUCGGAAUCGAUAUCGAUUUCGUAGUCGGUUCGUUCGCCCGAAGCACGUUCCUCGUUCGUUCUUGAUCCUCUUGGUAAGAUGGUCACGUGCCCGCCGUGGACGCGUAUUCGCCGUGGCGACGAUCGAAGAAUCUCUCGUAGAGUCCGAGAGUCGAAGAAGGAAUCUCUCGUCGAUAGGAGGGGAAAGAAAAUGAGAAAAAUAAAAAUAGGAAAAAUAUCGACUCGGCGGCUCGCUCGUCGCGCAUUCGAAUCUCUCGGAGAGCCGACGAACGUGGACUUUCUUCGCGCGAAAGACCGACUCCUGUCGCGCUCGCGAAAAGAUAAUGGAUUACGACGGAAGGAAGAGGAACGAGCGAGGAGCAGGGAGGAGAGGCCAUCCGGAAUGGUUCUUACCGUGACCGAGGACACUCCGGCGGACAUGCUGGCUGGAAGCAUGGAACUUUUGGUCCAGCUUCCGCGCGAGCAUCGCCUUAACGCGCAAAGAGUCACCGUGCAGAGGAGUACUCCGAUGAUGGACCUUCUCGUUCAAAUUGCAACGGCUCACAAAUUGGCAGCUUCGAGUUACACCUUGCAAGCGAUCGGCGAGCGUGGAUCGGUUUUACCUCAUCAACCGAACACACCGAUAGGAGCGCUCGAUGCUCUUCAGGUGAAAUUACUUCCCAAGCAGUGUACGUUCGUCCCGAAGAAGUCGAAGCCUGCGAAUCAACCUUUCGAAACAACGUUCAGACUGCAGGUACAUUUACCGAGGAAUCAAUUGUACGUUUCGAGAGUCAGCCCGAAAAUGAAUCUAGGAGAAAUUCUGAACGAAGUGUGCCGUGAGAAGAAUCUGGACAAACACAAGUACGAGCUACGUCAUCCGGUGAACUUGGAAGAGAUCCUGGAUCUAUCCCUGUCCCUUCAAGACUAUCAUCUGCAGGAAGUGACGCUUUACGCGAAACAAGGUAGAACGUUGGGCUCCGCUUUGAGCUCCCAGGACAUAAUGGCUCUGCAAAGGCAAGAGGAGAGACGUAGGCAACAGGCGAAGCAGAGCGUCUUUGGAUUCAUGUUUAAGAAGUCGAAGGAGAGCUCGGUGAGCACCGACAGCCUGGAAGGUCGGAGCGUGUCACCGGCGAGGAGCGACGAAACCGGAAGAAGCGCCAGUCCUCUUCAACCGCCUACGAGACCUCAGAGAAAGAGGAGACUCGCGCCGAAACCGCCCACCUCCUACGAUCGGGAACAACAGCGGGCUACUACGACCACCGGUACGGUAGCAACUACGGCGAGGGGGGCGGCGGCGGCGGCGGCGGCGGCGGGAAAGACAAACGGGGAAUCGUCGAAGGAGAAGAUGCUCAUCGGUCACAGUCGAAACAGCAGCGAUAGUUCGGGAUAUCACGAGGCUUCCGUGCUCAGUGACAAUCCGGAUUCGGCCGGACGACUGCCAGAGACUCUGCCGAGGAGAAACAGAACGCCUGGUACCAACGAGACCCCGAGAAAACUCGUUCAUACCUCGCAGUCCAGUAAGAGUCUCGGUAAUCUCGCCGUAACCGCGUCCGGUACGUCUCUCGAUCGAGCCCUCAGCAGCUCCUCCCUCAGUUCCACCGAUUCGAAUUCAAGUUUGAAGAAGAAACGUGCCGCUCCGCCUCCACCGGUUUCAAGGCCGCUCUCCUCGGCCAUCUCGACUCAAGCUUUGGAACGUAUCGACGAUUCCGAAGAGUCCUUGACUUCCGAUAUGGAUCCUUCGAAGCCACCGUCCGACAUCGGGGCACCCUCGAAGGCCUCCUCGGACAUCGGCGUGAGCACGAUCGUUCUUGACAAGGCCGAUCGCCCGGAGAAGACGAAGAAGGAGAAGGACUCGAUUCGAGCGUCGGACGUUAACGUAGUAGAGGAUCCUCCGAAAGUAGAGAACGCUAGAGUAGAAGUAAAAAGAGAAAAGGCAUCGUCCGAAGAAUUAGCGCCCUUGCCCAAGCCUCGCAAAGUCGUACGACCGAAAGAGGAGAAAUCGUCGCCUGUAGCUCCGCCAGUACCAAAGCGUAGAUUAGUGCCAGUAGUAGCGAUAUCUAGGUCGCCGAGGAAGGAUCCUCUAGGUCCUUCGUCGAACGCGAACGCAACGAGGACGAAUGCGGAAGAUGCCGUUCGCUGUUCCUUUUCCUCUUCUUCCUCCGGUGGCAUCGAGUUCGAGGCACGAGACGCGGAACUGUCGGAGAUGGAUAGCAGCUCGAACCUCUUGACGAAACACGCCAAGAGUAUGAACGACAUAUGCAACGUCGAUUCGAGCCUAUGCAAAUCCUGUACCGUGAUAUCGACGAUACCAAAGUGCGAUCGCUUCGAGAUCUCGAGGAACUCGAGAUCGUCCAGUUGCGGCAGACUCGCCGACGAUCGAGUCAAGGAUCGUCGCGAGAGAAGCGAGGAGAGGACGUCCCGCGUCAAGGACGAUCGUUACGAAGGAGCUCUCGACGAGGUCUCGGCGACGAAGGACGACGAGACACGGGAGGAUAGCUCGAAGGGCUCGAAAAGAUCGAAGGUCUAUCGCAGUCCGUCCGAAUCGAACGACUUUCAAAUCGAUUCGUUCAACAAACGAAAGAGACAUUUAACGUCUCAAUCGAAGGAUAUCGCGUUCGCUUUAAAUCUGAACCUGACGUUCGAGUCCAAAGAGGAGUCGGACGUUGAGAAGGAAAGCGGGCGGAUGGAAAGGGCUAACGCAGUAGAUGGGAUAUCAGACGUCGAGAGGAAGCUACGCGACACGGACGCUCUGCUGCACAAAGUGUCGGAAACUCUAUCGUCGUCGUCGUUGGCGUCGUCGAACGAAGAGACCGAAAACGCCCGUCCCGCGGUGAAAAGAUCCUACGGUGAAAGUCGUCGCGCGGAAGCGGAGGAGGAGGAGGAGGAGGAGGAGGCCCCAGGGCUAGAUGGCGAAGAGAGGAAAAAUCAACAGGACACCUCGGACUACGUGUCCGCUCUCGAGGAAGACUCGUCGGUGGCCGAUUGGGAAUAUCAGUUGCCGGCGCCACCGAGUGCCUUCCGAGAUACCGAUUCGUCGCUUUUCGAUGGCUACGACACGAUAACCUUGAGAUCGGUCGAGGCGUUCAAGGAAUCGCUCGACGUUGAAAAUCGAGACGACGGGAGAAACGACGAGUCCUUCUUCGGCUUCCGUCGAAUCCGCGAGAUCGAAGGAAAAGCGACGACCAUCGAUCUAGGUAAAAGCAAGAAAAUGGAAUCGCGCAAGACCGAAACCGAGGUGAAGUUCAAAAAGGAGGUGAUAUCGGAGCUCGAAACCAAGAUAGAAAGAGGAACGUUGGCCCGAUCGCAAAGGGAGCCAGAUUCGAGGAAAGUCUUCAGCGGUACGUCCACGUUAACGUCCAACUUCGCGCCGGUCGAUAACACGCUCUCGAAUUUCACGAUCACCACGUAUACCCGUCAAAAGAGCAUAGACAUAUUCAAGGAGAACGAGGACAAAAGUUCCCUCGUUGGGGACGAGCCUAGUCGGAACAAAAAAACAGAGCCAAAGAUUUCCAACGACGUCGUCGAGUCCACGCGAGUCUGGCAAUCCGCGAACGCCAAAGCCGGUAUCGUUAAACGAUCCAAGAGUCAUGCCUCCGCGAUGAGCAAGCCCGUCGACUCGAACAAGAACGAAGCGGAAGGUUCGGCCAACGUAGGAUCGGAGCUCGCCGUCGAGGAUACCGCGGGAUGGAGAGACAACGUCUCGAGGAACCGACAAGAGGAACCUACCAAGGGCAAGGAGUUGCGAUCGUUGCAGGUGUUGAAAAGCAUUUUACCGCAGUUGACGAGCUCGCAACCAGCGGAAGAAAAUGUAUCGAAGGAACGGAACGCGGUAACGCGAGAAAAAGCAAAGACGAGGUUCGUGGGAGCGUCCGAUCGAGAUUCCGUAACGCCGAGCGUGCUUUCGUCGCGCGGCGAAUGUCACGCAACGGCGCGACGAGAGAACAAAGAGGAUUCGAUGCAAAGGGAAACGAGCGCGAAGCGUCGUUACGCUUACAACGGUCCGCCAGCGAUCAGUUUGGGUAGCUGGGCCGAGAGGCCGAGCUUCAAGGUUCAAAUUAAAACCGACACCGAUUACAAGUUUCGAAGGGACAGGUCGGCCGACGGCGCGAAUAAUUCCAAGGAAAGGUACGACAAGCGCGACGCGGACGAUCUCGCGAGCAAGUUGCUCGUCGACAAGGCCGUUUCCGCGUUCAAGAGGGCAACGUUCGACGAAACGAUCGCUCCGGAGUCGACGAAAAGCGAGGAGAGACCUGUCGUGACCAGCUUCGAGUUGAAGAAGACCGUCGUGAGGGAGAAGGAAGAUGCUACCGUUAAGAGGUCGAUGAGAGACGAGAAGAAAGACGACGAGAACUUGAUCGACACGACACCGUUGAAUUUUCAAGAAUUAACGAGGGCCUUUCGUACGGACAUCGAGCAUAGGGCGAAACCGCAACGAUCCAACGCGACGAACGGACGCUCCGACUGUUACGGUUCCCAGCACGAAUUCGUUCGUAAGACGUUAGAGCCGAAGAAACGGAACGGCCAGGCGACGCCCGACGAAUUCUCUUUCAAAAGGAACCUCUUCCAAAGGGACAACGCGUCGGUCAACGGAAAUCGCAACGCCAAUCCAAACUCCGAAGGACACCAAUUCGGCUCGAUCGUGGGAAUGAAUUCGCUCGAUCGUCGUCAUCGGGAUCAGAUCGGCCAAAGGAGCGACAACGUAUCGUUCAGGAACAACGCGAACGGCACCAAGGCCCAUCCUAUGACCGUGCCCGUCGUAAAAGGAUUCAAAGCAUCGACGACGCCCUUCAAAGAAACCCCGAAAGGUAUUAACGUUGACAAAGUCGAUCGGAACAAGGAGGUCGUCGAGGCCCUGCCUCCCAAAGCUCCGACGAUGCCCGUGAUAAUGGGCGUCACUCUGAAAAGUGCCAACGCGAGACCAAAGUCAAUGCCGAUAAGCGUAGAUUCCAGGGAUAUGCUGUUGGAGUCCAUUAGGAAUUUCGGAGGUCGCGGAAAAUUAAAAAACACUGCGGAGAGGUAUUGAAGAUAAAUCGACGGUCGUAACGGUAAGGCGUCGAGAGUUCGUCGAAAAUUAACUACGAACGUUUCUUCCUUUUCUAUUCUCUCCUCUUAUCUUAUCUUAUCUCGUCCUACCCUACGUACUCGUAUAAACGUACUCGUAGUCGCAAUCUUCGCAGUUAUUUAACUAAAUUUAAUCAAAGCUACGAUAAGAGACUCCUGAAUGUCACGAAUCAGAGUAUGUACAUAGCCUCGUACAUCGCGUUCGUCUCUCGUGGAAUCGAGAUCGCCUGGAUCGAAUGAUCGAACGAGUACGUUUCUUCGUUAAUUACGUUGGUGCUUCUCUCGAUGCUCUAAUUACGCGCAGCGAUGCAGUUAACUACGGAUCAUGCAGACACGUGGAAUCGGAUGAUGCUUCGUGAGAGAGAGAGAGAGAGAGAGAGAUGUACUAGCUCUUUUGACGCGGACGCGAAGCGAAUCGACCACGUCGAGUUAAUAAUCGUGCGAAACAAAGCUUUUCUUUUCUUUUUCAUUCGUUUGAAAGAUCGUGCCAUCUGCGAUUCCUUUUCGAAAAAAUUGAUUGUCCGUUAUUAUUUCCUUUACUUUUUCGACGGUCGACUCGUUCUCUCUUUCUUUUCAAUACAAUUCCAUCAAAGUCAUUCCACGUUAGCUAUGUGUAAAUACGUUGUACAAAAAUCCUGACGACACUGGUAUGUCGUCAAAAAUGAUCGAGCAUGUAUAUAUCCACCGCUGAAUGCGCAAACUAUCGAUCGUCGAAUCGAAAUCGAGUAUGUUCAUUCGUAAGAAACGGAAUCAACGCUCGUUAUCGAUCGUUAUGAAAAUAAUGAAAGAGUGAAACAAAAAAAAAAGAAAGAAGGUUUGUCAAGUUUUUAACGAGUUAUAAGGUCAUUCGGUUCUAGCUUUGGUCAAGUCAUACGCGUAACAACACCAAAGCCGAUUAUUUGUGGCUGAAUGACAUUAAAUACUAAUAGCGACUCUUUGUGUUGGCUAACUUUAAUUAUUCUAAACUUUGCAUAUAACUUUAAGUUUCUAUAAACGGGACCAAAGGUAACAUUUCUUCUUCUUCUACGUUAUUACGACAACGAAUUUAGACGUAUAGAAUGUUAUUUAAACGAAUACGAAGUAGUCUUUGAAGAAGUCUGGUCAGUCGAUUUAUGACAAUAGCGGUUAGACGCAACCGAUACGUUGUACGUUUAAAAGAGAAAAGCUUUGCAAAUUUUCCUUUAUAACGAUAGCGAAAGAAUUAUAUUUUUAUUUUAAACGUGCUGCUAAAGAUAAAACUCUGUAGUAUGAUGUAUACCUAACACAUUUUCGAUACAGAAUAUAUACGUUUCUGUUAUUAA